AUGGCUGAAGAACAAGCAAUACAAGAUGUUGACAAUGUGGAUGACCCUCAACCCCUUUGCAUCGUCUAUCCUAUACUAAAUGCACCACUUGAGCUAAAGUCAAGAUUAAUUCAUCUCCUCCCCAUCUUUAGAGGAGUUGAAAGGGAAGAUCCACAUAGACAUUUGAAAGAGUUCCAUGUGGUAUGCUCCAGCAUGAGACCACAAGGAGUUACAGAAAAACAAAUUAAGCUAAGGGAAUUUCCUUUUUUUGUAGCUGAUAAUGCAAAAGACUGGUUGUACUACCUACCUCUAGGUUCAGUCACUACAUGGGGAGAAAUGAUAAAAUUAUUUUUAGAUCGAUUCUUUUCCGCUUCUAGAGCAUUUGCAAUAAGAAGAGAAAUAUCAGGAAUUAAGCAAAAGAAAACAGAAACUCUCCAUGACUAUUGGGAGAGAUUUAAAAACCUAUGUGCUAACUGCCCUAGGCAUGAAAUUUCAAAUAAACAACUCAUGCUCCAUUUUUAUGAGGGACUCACAACCAUGGAAAGACGUAUGAUAGAUGCUGCAAGUGGAGGUGCAAUACACAAAAGAACACCCCGAGAGGCCAGGGAAUUGAUAUCUAUGGUGGCAGCAAAUUCACAACAAUUUGUACCUAUACAAGACUCUUAUAGGAGAGUUUCUGAGGUAAGUAAUUAUUCUGUUGAGUCUAAACUUUCUCAUCUAACUACUUUAGUUGAAAAUCUUGUCGCAGAGAAGGCACAACAAGCCAAAGCUUGUGGAAUUUGCGCUAAUACGAGUCAUCCCACUGACAUGUGCCCAUCACUUCAAGAGGAUGACCAGCAUGUAGAUGCUGUCAACGGGUUCCCAGGUCCUCCACAAAGAAAGUACAAUCCUUUCUCAAAUACAUACAACCCAAGAUGGUGA